AUGGAGUCGUGGCCAAGAAUACACACACCAUUUGUCCGUUUAGGAUUGUGGGAAUUUUGCGUUAAUGGAUUUGUACAGCGUUUGGAUCCAAAUAUGAUAUCAUAUUACGGUUGCUGGUGGAUUCUUUCUCCAUAUUUUCGGAAAAUAUAUACGGAUUUGGUUCCAUUUUGGUUCCUGAUCACACAAGUUUUAGUAACGAUAUCCCUUUGUCUGGAAGCCAUUGCAGUGGUUACUUUAAUUGCAUAUAUGUGCAAAAGAAUCAGGCAUGUGGAACGCAAAACAUUCUUCUUAUCAUUGAUAACAUUUUGCUACUCAUCAUCAUCCAUUUUACUGACUAUCGCUGUAAUUAUAUUCGGUGUUAAUUAUCAAACCGAGACAUGGAUGCCAUAUCCAAUAUUGAAUUGGCCAUCUUGGUCGUAUGGAUUCGCCAUCCUGUCUGGAUUCACUUCACUACUUGCAGCCAUCUCAUUCGGUUUAAUCUGUCGUGAACUGCGUCGGGAUAUUGAAAAUUGGGUAUUAGAAUUUCCAAUGAGUACUAAAGUGAAAACACGACGUCGUUGGAAAUUAAUUAAAAGACAUUGGCCUGAAGAAGUUGUCCCUGUGUCUGCAAUGGCAGUAGAUGAUAAUAAAUCAAUAAAAAGUCACCCAUUCAGUGAUCAACAUAGUCAACUACAAUCAAAUCUAAGUGUACCCCCACCAUCGAUUGAAAAGUUCAGCGAUUAUAGUUAUAGUGAAAAUAGUGGUGAUAACUUAAUUCAUAAUAGUAGACAUAUAAAAGACUAUCGUCAGAAUGAUGAUCGUCAAGACUCAGAAAUAUAA